AUGUCAUCGACGGAAAGCGGGGCGAGUGGUGAUGGUGGUGGUGGCGCCGGCAACAGCAACAGCAGCAGUCCCAAAGUGCCCUCACCCAGCCGCAGAACGUACCGGCGUGGGCGUGAACUUCAUCGCACGUCAACGGCCACGUCGUCGUAUUCGUCGGCCGGUUCGAUUACGUCCAUACUGUCUAGCCUUUCGUCGGUGAACAGUGCCGCCGGUGGUCAACAACAUUCCCAGCGCAAACAGCGCCGCCACAAGCGGCGGACGGUCAGACCCGCAGCAGCGGGUGGUACGACGACCGGUAGUAAGUCCGGUUCGGAAACCAAAGGUGAAAGCACGCGGCGACGAUCGCGAAAAACGAUGACCAACAAAGCGACCGCCGAUACCCGAUGGACCGACGAAAGCCGGUCCGAUUCUUCAGAACAUUCCAUUGAGGGACCAGUGUCGAUGCCAUGGUUCGGCAUGGACAUUGGCGGUACGUUGACAAAGCUGGUGUACUUCGAGCCGAAAGAUAUCACACCGGGCGAGCUGGACCAGGAGGCUCGGAUUUUGCGCAACAUUCGGCGCUACCUGACGAAAAAUUCCGCCUACGGCAAGACCGGCCACCGGGACAGCCACCUGCAGAUGGACGAUGUGGUGAUCCGUGGCCGCCGUGGCUCGUUACACUUCAUCCGCUUUCCGACGUCGGAAAUGCUGAGCUUUCUGAAGCUCGCCAAAUCCAAAGGCAUGGCACAGCUGGUGACGACCGUGUGCGCAACCGGGGGCGGUGCCUUCAAGUUCGAGGACGACUUUCGGCAGCACGUCAACAUGAAGCUGGCCAAGUUCGACGAGCUGGACGCGUUGAUCAAGGGCAUCCUGUUUACCGAAACGCACAACAAAUGUGAAUGCUACUUUUGGGAGAAUGCCAAUGAGAUUAGUAGUACGAAGAAAAAGUUCGACUUUAGUCAACCGUACCCGUUUAUACUGGUGAACGUCGGCUCGGGCGUAUCGGUGCUGGCGGUGCGUGGCCCGGACAACUACAAGCGCAUCUCCGGUACGAGCCUGGGUGGCGGAACAUUCCUGGGCCUGUGCUGUCUGCUCACCGGCUGUGAAACAUUCGAGGAAGCAAUACAAUUAGCGACGAAGGGUGAUCAUAAGAAAGUAGAUAAGUUAGUUAAAGACAUUUACGGCGGCGACUACGAGCGGUUCGGGUUGCCCGGUGAGUUGGUCGCAUCAAGCUUCGGACAGAUGCAUCUACCGGAACGAAGGCAGAGCGUUAGCAAGGAGGAUCUGGCCCACGCUAUUCUUGUGACGAUCACCAACAACAUCGGUUCGAUCGCACGCAUGUGUGCAAGUAAUGAGAAGAUCGAGAAGGUUGUGUUCGUGGGCAACUUCCUGCGUGUGAAUCCGAUAUCGAUGAAGCUGCUAGCGUACGCGAUGGAUUACUGGUCGAAGGGAACGCUCAAAGCCUUGUUCCUGGAGCACGAAGGCUACUUCGGUGCUGUCGGUUGCCUUUUGCAGUUCAACGGCGAGCUGCACGCACAAGUCGGUGAUUUACUUACUUAGAUUAGUAGAUA